AUGGACCCUGCCCAAGUUGAGUGGAUUGUGAAGUUCAUCUAUGCAGGGAACCUCUCUUUCUUGCGGCCGAUCGAACCAGAUCCUUUGGUCCCUACCCCCGAAGAUUCCGAGAAGGUGUUGCAGUUGGGCUUCGAUCUUUACAAGAUUGCGGAUUUUUUCCAGCUCGGCGCCAUAAAGACUCUAGCCUGUGAGAUGCUGCGCGAACACAUCGAGGGGGUGGCUACUAGGUGGAAGACGGAGCACGACACGUGGCGUAGCGGGAGAAGAGAGGAUGAACACCCAAACGAAAUGUCCCCGGAGGUUAAGAAGCUUAUGGAGCUCGCAAAGGCGGCAUACAACCUUCCAGUCGGGGGUUUGUGGGUGCCGCUGAUGGAUCAUAGGGUUCACGGCCUCCUCCAAGACAUGCCUCAGAUGGGCUUCGAUAUACUCUACAAGCUCACGGUGUGUCCUUAUGACAAUGCUGGGUACCACACCCUGGCUUGCUACUGGCGGAAUCACCCUGAUAAGUCUCUGCCGACGGGAACCUGA